GACAACUCUUGCUUCAGAUCAAAUGAAAAAUGUUGCAAGCAUUGGUUUUGCCCAAAUUAUUCUUUCUCUUGAAACUGAACUCUUGAAACUGAAUCUGAAGUUGAAAACAAAGGGAAAAUGGCUCAUUACCAUAAUGACUAUCAAAAGAAUGAUGAAGUGGAGUUUGUCCGAACUGGUUAUGGUAAGGAUAUGGUAAAAGUUCUUCAUAUUCAGCGGGAUGGAAAAUAUCACAGCAUUAAGGAAGUGGCAACUUCAGUGCAACUUACUCUGAACUCCAGAAGAGAGUACCUGCAUGGAGACAAUUCAGACAUCAUCCCAACAGACACCAUCAAGAACACAGUUCACGUCCUGGCCAAGUUCAAAGGCAUCAAAAGCAUAGAAACUUUUGCUAUGAAUAUCUGUGAGCAUUUCCUUUCUUCUUUUAACCACGUCAUUCGAGUUCAAGUCUACGUGGAAGAAGUCCCUUGGAAGCGUUUUGAAAAGAAUGGAGUUAAGCACGUCCAUGCAUUUAUUCAUACUCCCACUGGAACGCACUUCUGUGAGGUUGAACAGUUGAGGAGUGGACCUCCAGUCAUUCAUUCUGGAAUCAAAGACCUCAAGGUCUUGAAAACAACGCAGUCUGGAUUUGAAGGAUUCCUCAAGGACCAGUUCACCACCCUCCCUGAGGUGAAGGACCGGUGCUUUGCCACCCAAGUGUACUGCAAGUGGCGCUACCACCAGGGCAGAGACGUGGACUUUGAGGCCACCUGGGAGGCUGUCAGGAGCAUUGUCCUGAAGAAGUUCGCUGGACCCUAUGACAAAGGCGAGUACUCGCCCUCAGUCCAGAAGACCCUCUAUGACAUCCAGGUGCUCUCCCUGAGCCAGCUUCCUGAGAUAGAAGAUAUGGAAAUCAGUCUGCCGAACAUUCACUACUUUAACAUAGACAUGUCCAAAAUGGGACUGAUCAACAAGGAAGAGGUCUUGUUACCAUUAGACAAUCCGUAUGGCAGAAUUACUGGUACAGUCAAGAGGAAGCUGACUUCAAGGCUGUGACAUUGUGGCCACCAGUGGGAGUCCAUGCUCCAUUGAGGCAUUCCUUAAGCCACUUGUGAUGCUGGAAAUCAUAGUGCAUAGCCAUGCAAAUUUUCAACCUAGUAUGUUGAUUUAUAGUGUUCAUUUUCCUCCUAUAUGAAAGUGUUUUUUAGCUCAGCAAAGUGUUUUGGGAUUAGUAAUUAAAAACAUGCUUUGUGGAUACAGUUUACUUCACAAAUGCUGAGUAGUAUUAGAAUAAUCAUAAAUCAGUAUUUCAUUUUAGUGGUCUUGGGCCUUCCUAUCUUAGAGGAGCUUUAGAAUACAUUCAAUAGGAAGAUAAUCAUGAAUCAAUGGAGGUGUGAUAACAGUUAAUCUUGUGAACAAAUUUAAGAAGCCAGCUUUGCUUUCAUCCUACUGAUGCUAAAACUUGCGCCUUGGCAAUGCAGAAAAUGUAAUGAUAAAGUAAUAUUUUGAAAAAUAUCACCAUUGUGACUUCAAUUAGACUGAAUACUUGAGUUCUUAAAUAUGCUCUAGCAUAUGUAUUAUUGGGAGCUUAUUUCUACUCUAAAAGUACUUUUGAAAUUUUAAUGUAUUUGUUUUAUGAUUUUACAGUCCUUAAAGAAUGUUUAGUACACAUUGAGGCAUUGAAAAAAAGUGUAAAUUGUUUUUCUUUGAAUAAUGCAUCACUUUGGCACAAAGAGUCACAUUUAAUAAAUGGUAAGUCAUUACCCAGGUGGUUGAAUAUACAUAUAGAAAGAAGACUAAAGACUAUAUGUAUGAAUAUAUCAGCAGUGAUGAUUUCUGGAUGGUGGGAUUAUGAGUGAUUUUCAUAUUUUGUCUUAUGAUUUUCUGAAUCUUCCAGAUAUGAGCAUUUAUUACUUUUAUAAUCAGAGAAAUAAAUAUAAUUGAUGAUUGAAAGAUA